CGACGCGAGUCACGCGCACGCGCCGCGUCUCAGCUGACGGAAGUGCAGGGCGCUCGUGUUGUUGUGUUCGGGCUCGAUCGUGUCAUGAACAGGGUUGCCGUGAGAUGAGCGGUGCGAUCGUGUCAUGACCUCCGCGAGCAUCAUGGCAGCGCUCUCGGGCCAGAGCGACGACCCCGCCGAACCGGACCAGUCCCUGCAGCACAUGCUAAAGGCCAUCGCGGACGAGCGCAACCGCCUGAACGUCAAACAGGACCUCAGCGGACUGGGGUGCUUCAAGGAUGACCGUAUAGUGUUCUGGACAUGGAUGUUCUCCACAUACUUCAUGGAGAAAUGGUCACCCCGUCAGGAUGACAUGCUCUUUUAUGUGCGUCGCAAGCUCUCGUAUGUCAGUACAGACGAAACAGAAGGGAAAAAGGUGGAGGUGGAGGUUUACAGAAGAGACUCUAAAAAGCUGCCUGGACUCGGUGAUCCCGACAUCGAUUGGGAGGAGAGCGUCUAUCUCAAUCUCAUCCUGCAGAAACUGGAUUACGUGGUCACAUGUGCAGUUUGCACACGUUCAGAUGCAGGAGACAUCCACAUCCACAAAAAGAAAUCACAGCAAGUGUUUGCCUCUCCAAGCAAACACCCAAUGGACAGCAAAGGGGAAGAAUCCAAAAUGAGCUACCCCAACAUCUUCUUCAUGAUCGACAACUUUGAGGAGGUUUUCAACGAUAUGACUGUUGGGGAAGGUGAGAUGGUCUGUGUGGAGCUGGUGGCCAGUGACAAAAGCAACACAUUCCAGGGCGUCAUCUUCCAGGGCUCCAUCCGCUACGAGGCCCUCAAGAAGGUCUAUGACAACCGGGUAAGUGUGGCCGCUAAGAUGGCCCAGCGGAUGUCAUUCGGCUUCUACAAGUACAACAACAUGGAGUUUGUGCGUAUGAAGGGUCCUCAGGGGAAAGGUCACGCUGAGAUGGCCGUGAGUCGAGUGCCCACUGGAGACACCUCACCCUGUGGAACUGAAGAGGACCAAGACUCUCCCAUCCACGAGAGGGUGACAUCAUUCAGCACUCCCCCUACCCCAGAGAGAAACAGACCCUCCUUCUUCUCACCGUCACUCCGCCGGAAAGUGCCCCGGAACCGAAACGCUGAGAUGAAGAAAUCGCACUCGGCGAACGACAGUGAGGAGUUUUUCAGAGAGGAGGAUGAUGAAGACCUGUGCAACACUACAAACCUGCGCUCCCGCUCUCUAUCAGGGACGGGCCGCUCGCUGGUGGGUUCUUGGCUCAAGCUGAACAGAAAAGAGGAGUAUUUUCUGCUGUAUUCUCAUCUCACCUAUGUGACUCUUCCUUUGCAUCGUAUCACCACAGAUAUUCUGGAGGUGAGACAAAAGCCCAUUUUGAUGACAUAGCAUUUCCAGACUCCUCAAAAAACAGUUCCCAAGUGCCUCCUCACAUCAGGCCCCUGAGGAACCGCCAUCAGAUAACCAAAAACUAGCAACAGUACACAACAGUGACGGAGAAGAGGAAAAGGGAACAAACUCCAUCAAGAAGUGCCUGUUCUUCAGCGAGACGCCCUCCAGAACGGCUCGAAAGGGAAGUGUGUGUUGGGAAAUGAAACACAAUAAACGAAUGUCGUUCUUGUAAAUACACUGCUGCUUAGAUACUCAGUGAAAUGCACCGACCACAGCC